GGUUUAAUCUUUCAGUCUAAAUACUGUUUAUCAUUGUUUUAUUGAAAAGAUACUUUGAGGUGACAAAAACAUGCAUCAAUUUAUCUCAGAAUAAACUGAAAUCAUGCUCCGUCUUUGUUCUCAUAUUCAUAUAUCGUAUGGUCGUUUCAGAGUGUUUUCAUGUAAACACUCUAAAAAGUAUAUCCAUUCUCCUAUUCCUAUUAUAUCUCAAAAGAUAACUUCAUUGUCUAUUAACCAAACAGAGUAUGCUAAGACGUUAGCAGAUUCCUUAAUUCAAGGUAAUCGUUAUAGUUUAGCAAGAGCAAUUACACUUUUGGAAUCUUCUAAAGCUGAACGUCGUGCUGAGGGUCAAUAUAUUCUUGAUGCAGUAAUAAAACAUUUGGCGCACCAAGAACUUAAAACUGGAAAGUUUACAUUCAGAAUUGGUCUCUCUGGCCCACCAGGUGCUGGGAAAAGUACAUUUAUUGAAGCAUUUGGUGGUCGCCUUACAGGUAGUAAACCAUGGAAUCCUGUAAUUAAUACUUCAUAUAAAUCUUAUGGUAAGCAGCGGUUGACACUAGACGAAGAACAUUUCAAUCAAGAAAUCAGAAAACUUCAUCGUGUAGCUGUCUUAGCAAUAGAUCCUUCUUCACAUACAACUGGUGGUAGUCUCUUGGCCGAUAAAACUCGAAUGCCUGAAUUGUCCAGUAAUAUGAAUGCCUACAUACGACCAUCCCCUAGUGGUGGAAAUUUAGGUGGUGUUGCUCGUGCAACUAGUGAAUCCAUCCUACUAUGUGAAGCUGCAGGAUUUGAAACUGUCCUCGUAGAAACUGUUGGUGUUGGACAGUUAGAGUUCGCUGCUGCAGAUAUGGUUGAUAUGUUUGUUUUGAUUAUUCCUCCUGCUGGAGGUGAUGAAUUACAAGGCAUAAAACGAGGGAUUGUUGAAGUUGCUGAUCUGGUUCUAGUGAAUAAAGCAGAUGGUGAACUAUUGCAUCAAGCUCGUCUUAUUGCUAAAGAAUAUUCGAACGCUCUCAAAUAUAUGCGUUGUCGAAGACCUAAUUGGAUUCCGAAAGUACAACUUGUAUCCAGUCUAACAGGUGAUGGACUUAUUGAAUUUUGGUCUACAGCUUUUAAAUUUCACCAAUCACUAAUUAAAUCAGGUGAAUUACAGAGAAUACGAAAAGAACAAUUGAGAAUAUGGAUGUGGACAUUUGUUAAAGAGGAGAUUUGGCGUAGAUUUAAAAACAAUCCACUUAUUCUAGAGAAACAAAAAGAAAUCGAAACAUUACUAUUCAACCGAGAAAUCGCUCCUGGUAUAGCCGCUGAAUUAUUACUUGAUAUUGAUCAUAGAAAAUCAUAAUACGCAUAUUGCACAUACCUAUUUAUUGUAUAUUACUAAAUCUAUAAUCACAGAAAUUCUGAACUUUUUCUUUCAAAUUAAUCUCGAAGAAAGUUACUUUUAGUUGGUCUUCCCUACAAUUACAUUUUAACCCUAUGUUCAUUGUUAUUAUUUAUCUUAAUGAUUGUCUCAGGUAAUUAUUUUUAUUUAUUUCGUCAGAUUUGGCGACGAUUUUUUUUCUUUUAAUUUUCACUUUUCAAGUACUUCUUCACUAGAUAUAGAAUAUAAGGAAAAUUUAAUUGGUCAAUUCAUUUGUAAAUCACACUUGAAAUAUCUUCAAAUUUUGUUUUCACAGUUUUUUCUCUGAAUUAAAUAGAUGUGUUUAUGUGUUAUGUGCAAAACUCAGCUGACCAGUCAAAUGGAUGGUGUUAUGACUACACGCUAUUUUUAAUUUUC